AUGACCAAAUGGGCCGUCGAGCUGGCCGAGCAUGACAUCGGCUAUCAGUCUCGCACAGCCAUCAAGACCCAGGCCUUGGCAGACUUCCUUGCUGAGGGGGCUAGCUUAACCCUAACCGAGCUAAGCCCCCUGCGCGAGGAGGUACGGCCGAAGGAGUCCUGGGUGUUGUUUGUAGACGGGGCCUCCAGCAAGGAAAGAAGCGGAGCAGAUGGGAUAACCGCGAUCCAAGUCCGGAGCGAUUCGCAGCUCGUCGUCCUCCAAGUCCUCGGGGAGUACGAGGCCAAGGAGGAGGUCAUGAAUAAGUAUCUGGCCAAGGUGCAGGAGGCAACAGCCCUAUUUGAUGCCUUUGAGAUUGAGCGGGUGCCAAGAUCGCAAAACAAGCGUGCGGAUGCCCUGUCAAAGCUGGCAUCCUCCUCGUUCGCGCACUUGAGCAAAAAAGUUCUGGUAGAGGUAGUAAAGCAGAAAAGUAUCGAUCAGGUCCGGGUCCUGGCUAUAGACAGUUCUGCCAUCUGGAUGACACCCCUCAUAGACUACCUCAGCUCGGGUGUCCUUCCUGAGAACAAAACCGAGGCCCGCCGAAUCCAGCUCAGAGCUGUCAAGUACGCCUAUGUUGGGGGAACCCUCUACAGGAGGUCAUACCUGUCUCCCUGGCUAAAGUGCGUGACUCUCGAGGAGGGUGACUACGUCCUCCGUGAAAUCCAUGAAGGGAUAUGUGCGGCGCACGUGGGGUCCCGGGUGUUGGCCAAAAAGUGCCUUCUCUCGGGCUAUUAUUGGCCCUCCGUCUUCCGGGAUGCCGCAGAACUGGUACAGAAAUGCCGAUCUUGCCAGCCCCUGGCCCUUCGCCCAAUGGGGGAUAGAUCUCUUAGGCCCUUUCCCCUGAGCUCCGGGAAGGUACGAGCAUCUCGUGGUUGCCAUCGACUACUUUACGAAGUGGAUGGAAGCGAAACCCCUGGGCACUAUCUCUGGCAGAGCAAUCCAAAAAUUCUUUUGGAGGAACAUUGUCUGACGCUUCGGCAUCCCGCUUGUCUUGAUAUCCGACAACGGGCGCUAGUUCACCGAGAACCCCUUCCGGAGCUGACUAGGUUGGAGUCAGCCCAGUCGAGCUGGCUGGAUGAACUCCCUAGUGUCAUCUGGGAUUACCGCACUACGCCUAGGACGGCCACCCACGAGACCCCGUUCUCUUUAACUUACGGAGUAGAGGCAGUGGUGCCCGCGGAGAUUGGUCUCCCCUCGCCCCGGACACAGAAUUUCGUUGCGGCGACCAACGAAGAAGAGCUGCGGUACAGUUUGGACAUGCUGGAGGCUAAGCGUGAAGAAGCAGCGGCUGCCUAUCUGUUACAAAGUAUGCCGAGCCAUGAAGAGAAGACAGCUCGGACCCCCUUCUUCUUGCCGGUAGUCCGCCUGGAGCAGGAGCUGAAGGUACACCUUAAGCAUGCGGAGAGGCGUAUGGUGAAGGCUAUUCAGGCAGGGGAACCUUUCCGUCUCAGAUGGACCUUCGAGAGUAUUUUCAACUGGAGCAUGGUCACAUCCUUAUAA